GAGCUCUCUAUAUAAGGACUUGGGAUACAUCAGGUUGGGUGUAUUUGGUGAACUUUUUCAUAGUGAUCUGGAGGUUGAAAUGGUCGUAGGUCACUCUGUAGAGAAGAACUUGGUACACGGUGAUAUGAGGGCACUUCCAGAAUCAUCCCCGCGGGAAACACAACAGUACUUCUAUUACGAUGAAGCAGACGGCAUCGGUUUACAGACAAUAUCCGGAUCCGCCGUACAGACGAUCAGCACAGCCCCGGUUGGUACCCAGCCCCUGUCACAGUAUUGCGCCAUCUGCCGGGAUCGCGCCACCGGGAAACACUAUGGGGCCGCCAGUUGCGAUGGAUGCAAGGGCUUCUUCCGACGCAGCGUGCGUAAAAACCACGCGUACACGUGUCGGUUCCAGCGUCAAUGUGUGGUUGAUAAAGACAAGCGGAACCAGUGCCGCUACUGCCGCCUUAAGAAGUGUUUCCGCGCGGGCAUGAAGAAAGAAGCCGUUCAGAACGAGCGUGAUCGUAUCAGCGUGCGUCGCACGAGUUAUGACGACAUGGGCCACCAGGGGGCGCUUUCUGUCAGCACGCUUCUUAAUGCCGAGCUGCUCUCACGACAGACGAUGGCGCCUGUUACAUGUAACGGUGACGAGUUGCUACAUAAGCGCGUGGCGACAGCAGACGACAUUUGCGACUCUAUGAAACAACAGCUCCUUAUCUUGGUCGAGUGGGCCAAAUACAUACCAUGCUUCUGCGAACUGCCCCUAGACGACCAGGUUGCCCUGUUGAGAGCACAUGCAGGCGAGCACCUUCUUCUUGGGGUCGCUAAACGCUCUCUCAGUAACUCCGACACACUGCUACUAGGAAAUGACGUCAUCAUCCCGCGGACGACGUCGGACCCGGAAAUCGGGCGGGUAGCGGCUCGCGUGUUGGACGAGCUUGUGCGGCCGAUGAGGGAAGUCCAGAUUGACGAAUCUGAGUUCUCCUGCCUUAAGGCUGUCGUCUUCUUUGACCCUGAUGCUAAGGGCCUGAGCGAACCGGCUCGGAUCAAGGCGUUCCGCUACCAGGUACAGGUGAACUUGGAAGAUUACAUUAGCGAUAGACAGUACGACUCCCGUGGACGCUUUGGGGAGAUCCUUUUGCUACUUCCAGCGCUCCAGUCCAUAACGUGGCAGAUGAUCGAGCAGAUCCAGUUCGCCAAGAUGUUUGGGGUCGCCCACGUUGACAGCCUGCUGCAGGAGAUGCUCCUUGGGGGUGCCACAAACAACAGUGCCGCCGCUUCCGGUCAAAGCGCGUCGGCUACUUCCGGUGGUACAUGCUCGACGCAGGUAGAUGCAGCCCAAAGCUCCCUCCCUAUGUCCCCUUCCUCCAUGAUCCUCAACUACCGCGACCUUCAAGGGUCGGAAGACGAGGACAACAUGACCUUCACCGGGUCACUGAACGCCGGGGUCAUGUCGUUAGGGACACAGUCGCCGCCCAUGUCUGGAGUUACGUUCAGCUCCGCUCCUUAUAUACCGGAUAUACAGCUAGAAAACUCCCCCCAGCACACCGUGUCCCCCGCGGACCCCAACCUGAAUAUGGGCCCUCUAGGAAGUCCCUCGUGUUUCAACGGUCACGUGAUCAAUACUACCGGAAGUUUCAACUCGUCACCGGUGCAUGCGCACGAGCCAUUUAACUUAACGUCUACCGCGAAGUUUAAGCAAGAAAUAAUCUGAAGAUUUGAUCAAACUUUAACUAGAUCGAAAAUGAUAUAUUUCAUGAGAGGUGUUAAGUAUACAUGUACAUAGUUUCUCGGCCAUCGAAUAUUGCCACUUUGAUCAAAUUUGCCUUUGAUAAUUUCCAGUAUAUCAAAUAGUUCGUCGGAAUUUGUUUGGCUACACGUUUCUGUUGGAUGAUUUGUAAGGGUUUUUUAUGAUGCCAUACGUUGCCAAAACUUCUAUUCAGGGUAAAUGUAGCCAAGUCACACCACAACAGACAAAAUCAUUGUAUACUCACAUGCAUUCCAUGUUGAUACUGUGAUAAUAAAUACAUGUUCAUAUUUUA